CACUGGAGGGAGUGGCUGCCCAUCUCAGGAGGGAAGAGGCACACCCCCACAAUUUCCUGGGUUCCCUUUCUAAGACUUGGAGGCCAGCUUUCUGGCAGUGGAUUUCUCAAACCUGAAACAGAGACAGUAACAACAGAAAAAGAUAUGUGUCACAAAGAUGUCUACACGGAACUGCCAGGGAAUGGACUCAGUGAUCAAGCACCUGGACACAAUUCCUGAGGAUAAGAAAGUCAGAGUCCAGAGGACACAGAGCACUUUCGACCCGUUUGAGAAACCCACUAAUCAAGUAAAAAGGGUGCAUUCUGAGAACAAUGCUUGCAUUAACUUUAAGACCUCCUCUGCUGGCAAAGAAUCCCCUAAAGUUAGGAGGCACUCUAGCCCUAGCUCGCCAACAAGUCCCAAAUUUGGAAAAGCUGACUCAUAUGAGAAACUGGAAAAAUUAGGGGAAGGAUCUUAUGCUACAGUUUACAAAGGAAAAAGCAAAGUGAAUGGGAAGUUGGUUGCCUUGAAAGUGAUAAGGCUUCAGGAAGAAGAGGGUACGCCUUUCACAGCCAUCAGGGAAGCUUCUCUGUUAAAAGGACUGAAACAUGCUAACAUUGUGCUGCUUCACGACAUCAUCCAUACCAAGGAAACACUGACCCUUGUCUUUGAAUACGUGCACACUGAUUUAUGUCAGUACAUGGACAAGCACCCAGGGGGGCUCCAUCCAGCUAAUGUGAAGUUGUUUUUAUUUCAGUUGCUGCGAGGGCUGUCUUAUAUCCACCAGCGUUAUAUUUUGCACAGAGACCUGAAACCACAGAAUCUUCUGAUCAGCGACACGGGGGAGUUAAAGCUGGCAGAUUUCGGUCUUGCAAGAGCCAAAUCCGUGCCCAGCCACACAUAUUCCAAUGAAGUGGUUACCUUGUGGUACAGACCUCCCGACGUCCUCCUGGGCUCCACGGAGUACUCCACCUGUCUUGACAUGUGGGGAGUCGGGUGCAUCUUUGUCGAGAUGAUCCAAGGUGUUGCUGCUUUUCCAGGAAUGAAAGAUAUUCAGGAUCAACUUGAACGAAUAUUUCUGGUUCUUGGAACACCCAGUGAGGACACGUGGCCCGGGGUGCAUUCUUUACCACAUUUUAAGCCAGAACGCUUUACCCUGUACAGCUCCAAAAACCUUAGACAAGCGUGGAAUAAGCUCAGCUAUGUGAAUCAUGCAGAGGACCUGGCCUCCAAGCUUCUGCAGUGCUCCCCAAAGAACAGACUGUCUGCACAGGCCGCCCUGAGCCAUGAGUACUUCAGUGACCUGCCCCCGCGGCUAUGGGAGCUGACUGACAUGUCUUCUAUUUUUACCGUCCCUAAUGUGAAAUUGCAAUCAGAAGCUGGAGAGAGCAUGCGGGCCUUUGGGAAGAACAACAGUUAUGGCAAAAGUCUAUCAAACAGCAAGCACUGAUGAGCACAGUAUUCUCAAGAAAGCACAGGAUUAAAUUGUCAUCAUUCUGGGAAGAAAAAAAAUUAAUGAAGUGGCCAACAAUGCAAAGGGAAUCAUGGAUCAGUUUCUUUUUGCUCCCUGUGGUGGAUUUCACUUACAAGAAAAUUGAGGCUGGCAAGACCGUUUUCUCUGCAAUUUAUUUAAAACCUUGCACGCAUUUGGAUACCUUGUGAUUUCCAAGAACUACGUGAAGAUUAAGCUUUGCUUACUGAUACAUGGCAUGUAUUCUUUUCAGUCUUUUGUGUUUGAUUUUGUUUGAUUUCCCUCUGCAGCACAGCGUCUCUGUAAGGUUUUAAUGCUUUCACCAGCCAUGUCUUAAAUACAUUAAGACAACACAUUUGGUGUUCACACUUCUUCAGUAAUGUCUUUACUUGAAAGCCACACAGUGGCAUAAAACAAUGUGUGUUUUCUUUGAGAGCAGCACACAUUUUCCAACCACUAGGAAGGAUGUUUUUCACUAAAGUAAAUCGCUGUUCUCUGACCACAGCCUGGUCCCAAAGUAUGGGUCCUACCUGUCACUCAUCUUUAAGGACAUUUGCAAAAGUGUUUUUUUUUUCUUGGAAAUCAACACAUAUUUAUAGAAGAUACCAGGAUCUGCUUAGCAUUUUCAAGCCACAUAGCACAACUGUUUUUUGAGCAGGUUGGAAGUAAAGAAACAAGUACCCAGCCGAAAGUAUGUGGACAGGUACUACUUGCUUGUUUUUCCAACCUCUGGAAACUGAGAUAACUUUUUUAUGUGUGAUCUGGAUCUUGUCAUCAUCUUUUUUUUUUUCUAUCUACUCUGUUACAUUUUGUAUGUUCUAAAUGGAGAAGAGUGAAGAAUAGAAUGUUUAAAAUGUGGAUGAAAGAGACUGUAUUUCUGUAUGAGCCCUGAAAGCAGUCUUGGCUGAUUAGUGCUCAAAAAAGCAAAUUACAGAGUCACCCAGACUUAGAAGUUUGCUUGGUGACAGCAAAGCAUUCUGGAAUUACAUCUUUAAACAACAUUCCAGACUGACUGGAAGGCACAGUUCGGUACUUGACUUCAACAGUCCCCUGGAAUAACUGUUCACAUGCAGGUUUUACAAACAGUGGAGGAAUCUUGCUGUAAAGAUGCAAACGGGGAAAAGAGAAAAGCCCAGCUUCCCAUUUAAGAAGUUGAGGCACCUUGGAGCAUGAAGCUGAUCGGAGAUGCCUAGUGCUUCAGCGUAGAGAGGAGCUGCCUGGUGCUGGCUCCUGUAGGGUACCCUCGCUGCUGAGUCCCAGAAAUACUGAGGUCAAGGAGCAGUUAGGAAUCUUCAUUUACAGCAUGAACUUAGCUCCCCAGGACAGAAAUUCUCGUGGUUAUAUCUUUGUACACAUUGUUUUACUUUUUCCUAUUAGAAGAGAUUGCAAGUUUGAAAUGUAUCACACUGUUUUAGGCUCAAGGCUAGGAAGUAUGACCCAUUUUGACAAGGGCUUUCUGAGAGUGGGGUGAGGGAAAAGUUUUUCUAUAGUCAAACCCAAUAUACCUAUGAAGUAAACCCUGAAUUCCUCAAUUUCUGCUGGUACUGUCCCUGGAGCAGGGUUAGUGAAUCAUGGCAAGAUCAUAACCGUCCUAUCCAUAUUCAGCACUCAUGCUAAAUACCAAGCAAGGCAUUACUUCCUGAUCGAUUUUAAAGAUAGCAAAAGACACACAGCUAAGAAUGCUUACUAUUUGCUACCUAGAAAUACUUUUCAUUCCUCUUUCAUACAUUCCAACCCAUUAGAACUCUUCAGAGUUAUUUUGAUUUAAAGUGUCUUACAUUAGGAUUUCUUAAAGUAAACAUGGGGAAAAAAACUUUACACAUAAUCAAAAGCAGCCUUCCCUGUGAUUGGUUUGGAAUUAUUCAUUUGGGAGAAAAGCAUAAUCUUUGUAUUUCACUAAGUUUAAAUUGAGAGCUUGAUGAUUCAAUCUUACUAUUUAAUAAAUUUCUAACUUGAAAAUUUGAAAAUAUUUAAUGCUGAAAGGCUUCAAUUAGGAAUGUGGGGUGAUUAGAGAUCUAUGCCUUGCCAUGGACAACUUCUCUUAGGAAGUAAAGCUUACUACCACUCAGCAGGAGAGACUCUGCCUUGAUCCAGAGACAUGCCUCUCAGAAGGCUACACAGUUUUCCUUGCCAUUCGAGCUGCAAAUUCAAAGUUUGGUUUGUCUCUCUUUUCCUCUCCCAUUUGUAGCCACAUUCUCCCUCCCCUACUUUCCUCUCCUGCCCUCUCAGAGGGCUGUCGUGAAAAUCAAUACAGACUGUGUUCAUUAACAGAUUUAUUAUACUUUUGAGAAAGCACUGGAAUGUUUUGGGAGAUUAUUUUUAUAUGAAGGAAUAGCUUGAAUUCAGGCAGCCAGAAAGAACAGUACAGAUACUUUAGCACAGUGAUUGUAUUCAUACUAUAUCUGUGCACGUAGUACUCUGAGAGGAGAUUUAGGACUUUUGUUUUCUUGAAGGUAGGUAAAUAUACAGGACAUUAGGCCAAUGUGUUUGCGGUGCUCAGCAAAAAGUAGAGAGUGUAAGGCAGGGGCAGGCGUAGGGGAUGCUGCCUUCCAAGUCAGAAGGGUGUGGAGCUCUUUCUGCCUCCCAGAAACAGGUAGAAAAGUUUCUAAGGGACCCUCAGGCUUGCAGAGGAAGCAAGGCCUCUUGGUAUCCUUUCCUCGGUGUGUUUAUGACAGCCAGGGUGAUCAGUACCCUAGGUAUGCGUCCAUAUAACAUACUCAUCUGUGACUAUUACGGGGUUGGUAGCUUUUGCUAUAUAAGAGGAUGUUUAGGCUGUACAUACUGGGGUAGGUUAUCGCCUGCCCCUAUUCACAGGAAUGUGCUGCAGAAUUGUGCAGAACUUCCAUCUCCUUUACUGGCUUAUAGGCAGAGAAAACUGUAUGUCCCUGCCUUGCAGUUUUCUUAUACACCAAAACAACAAAAAUUUUAAAUCUCAAAUAAGCAAUUUACUAUUAUUCCUCUUCCCACAGCUUCAAGGGCAUAUUUUAGAGGCACAUAGAAAAUCUCCAUCUCUGCUUGGCAGUGGAUCUCUCUCUCUCUCUCUCUCUCUCUCUCUCUCUCUCUCUCUCUCUCUCUCUUCCUCCCUCUCCCCUCUCUCUCCUUUGUAUGAUGCACUGAAAUGUGCACUUCCUAAUGGGGACAGCACCUAAGAAAUGUGCUAGCAUCAUUCAAAAACUAUUGUACUUCAAAAUGACACCCAGUAAGGAGAAUGGAAUAAUACAUGUUGCAUAUUUGUUACCAAUUGUAAUUCGUCUGUAUUAUGAAGGAUGUAAUGGUCUGUCAGCUGUCACUAUUGUUUUCCUGUAACAUGAUAUGGAAUAAAGUAUA